AUGCCGGCACCGAAGACGUCCGCCGUACUGCUCGCUGUCGUCUGCGUGGCGUGCUGUCUGCUCGCCGCCGUUCAGGAGGCCGCUUGCAGAAGGGUCCACAGGUGCUUCCUGGCUCGAAAGCUUCGUGAGGCCGGAUUUGACCGCUACCACAUUUUACACUUCCUGUGCGUGGCCAACAUGGUGAGCAAGUUCAACAUGACGAUGCAAGUGAAGCGGGAAGGAGGUCAGCGAACUGUCGGCAUCUUCCAGUUGGCAAGCCAGUUCUUCUGCUUCGAUAAGUACGUGCCUGGUAUGCGCAACGGACGCUGUCACGAACUCUGCGAUGCCUUUCUCGAUGAAAAUCUUGAAGAUGACAUUCGCUGCGCAGCGCUAGUUCGCCACAUGUGGGGCUUCAAGUAUUGGACCGGCUGGGAGCAGAAGUGCUUGUACGCCAAGGUGUCCCCAUUCCUAGAUGGAUGCGACUACGAGAACUAAACAGCGCCAUGAGUUUUUUUUCUUUUCUUCUCUUUUUUUUCUUUGACGCUCGCGUGUUGCAGAGGCUUUUUUUUAUACAAGUGCCCUUUCUCUGUGAACACUCGUGCCCUCUAAGACCGUAGCUACACCUGUAGCCACGGAUCCAGUGUAGCAUCGGCACUAUUCGCAGGUGGACGCAGGAUGGUCUUUAAUAUGUCGCGAAAGCAGAAAAAGCCUAGAAUGAGACCUUCUCGCAACUCUAAUCCUUCAGACUUAUUUUUAUUAUCUUUUAGAACACCCAGGUCGCGCUUCUCCUGCCUCUUCUCCUUUUGCUGUUACCAUGUGCGCCGUGGCCAGACUUCGCCAUAAAUGUAUUUAGAAAUAUAUGUGCAGGGAAUGCAGCAAUUUCAACACUUUACCCCAAAGCCUCAUUAUAACGCGCUUUUCGUAUGGCGCUUGACGGACGUUUUGUUCGUGUAACAGGCUUCUUCGUGCGUUCACCGCACACUUAAAUUACCAACAUUCAAAAAUGCACGUAAGACACCAGAUAAUGAGAAAUUACCAGCUCGUUUCGGAUGCGGCACUAUCCCCUUCGUGUGCUGAUUCCGGCAUCGAGAUGAUGGGGUCGGUUGCGGGCAUAUCCAGCCUUGAUGGAAUUGGCGCUAACCGCUUCGCUUCAGCAAAGCGCCCUCUUUGACUGUACCUUCUAGAGGCCUAAAUAUUUGGCCACGUAGGUCAUUUUGUUUCAAGUCGACGGAGCUUUAUUUCUCGGCGCCGAUUAUUGAAAUUGAAAUUGAAUAGACAGGGUGCGAAGUACGAAGCCUUGUGCAUUUCCCAGUUAAUCAUUACAGUCGCUGUAAUGAAAUAAAUAAUUAUCGUGCAGUUAGUCAUCUUGUGUUCUUGAACCAAAUUGUGUCACCGGCAGGAGCAUGGGCGUCGGCAGGG